AUGGCGGUUCCCGAAUUGCGUGCAGCGGGCCUAAUCGUUUUCCGACGGAGGAAUUUUAAAGGCCCUUUUGAAUAUCUCCUUCUACAGACAUCUUAUGGACGACAUCACUGGACACCUCCGAAGGGUCACGUCGACCCAGGAGAAUCGGACAUGCAGACGGCUCUACGUGAAACCGAGGAAGAAUCAGGGUUGAAGGAAGCUAGUUUAAACGUGAUGGAAAACAUACAAAAAACUCUGAAUUACGAGGUUCGGGGGAAACCCAAGACUGUCAUUUACUGGCCUGCUGAAGUGAAAGAUUAUGAUGUUGGAAUAAAGCUCUCUGAAGAACAUCAGGAUUUUAAAUGGUUGGCCAUUGAAAAAGCGUGCGAAUUGUUGCAUGAUACGACUGGGGAAGCUCUGCGUGUUGUGGACCAAGAAAUACGAAAUAUGACGGACUUUUACAUUGAUACCUACUGA